CAAAACAUUCCAUUUUUUCGUUUCAAACACUUGCAAAAUGCAGUCCAAGGUGGGAGCGAUGUUGAUUCUCUUGGCCUUGGCAAUGGCAAUGGUGGCCGAAUGCACUAAGUUCAACCAAGGCAGCUGGGGUACCUGUCAUUCGGGUGGCAACGGCAGCACAAGUUCAUGCAAUGACGGGCACCGUGAACUUGAAGACGUUUCAAUGGAAUCUGAGAUGAAUGUUCGGGAACUUGCAACCAAAAGAAAGGCUAUUUCGUAUGAAGCACUUAAGCAAAACGCAGUCCCAUGCAACCAAGGUGGACGCUCUUACUACGGCUGUGGAGGAGGAGGACCUAUUAACCCUUACACCCGUGGUUGUCUUAUUGCCACCGGUUGCAGAAGGAGCGUUGGUUGAACACAACUUUUCUCAUCACCCACAAUCAAUAUAUAAUAAACAUAUUUUUUCCAAUUCGCCAAUUAUGUUCAUCAGAGUGUGGACUUUCAUUAGUCUAUCUUGCUUGAAUUGAACUCAAAACAGUUUGGUGUUUAGAUUUCAGUCCAAGUCAUGAAU